UAACAUGGAGGAAAAAUCCCCUGAUGACAUAUUGCACAGCCUCUCCAUUGAAGGAGGGGAGGAAUGCUCUUCAGCAAGCAGAGGAAUGCCUUCCAGUGCCACAUCUAUGACUAAUAGCAAAACCAAUCUGGAAGAGAUCUCAUGGAUGAAUAAAGUGAGGAAAAACAUAAAUUUAGCACGCCAUGUGGACCAUCCCAAUAGCCGACGCACCAUCUUCAAGGUCCCCGAGCACAUCCGACAAUUGGAUCCUAAAGCUUACACUCCAGUGGUUGCUCCCUUCGGACCUUUUCACCACACCGAUCCGUACUCAACAUCUGCCAUUCAGGCCCAUAAGUGGCGGUGCGUCCGGCACCUUCUAUCGCGUCAUCAAAGUCAAAAGACUGCGAGUCAAUUGUUGGAUGAGUGCUUGUUGGAUUUGAAGAAACAGGACGACAAGGUCCGGAGCUACUACUCUGAGGAAAUUUCUGCACUGAAUGCCGAAGACAUGGCAUUGAUCAUGUUGCUUGACGGGUGCUUCAUCGUUUAUCUCAUGCUACGAAGGGAGAAAUUGUUGAAGAAGAUGAAAAAGAAGGGGAUGGAAGAAAAGAUGGAGGAGGUGGACAAGGACGUGGUAAGAAUUUUGGAAUAUGAGACAAUCGAGGUGGAUGAGAGCAAGAAGAGGAGAGAGUGUAUGAUUCAUAUAGGAGAAGGGGAGGUGGUUUUAAAUAUCGAGGAGAAGGAUGAACAGCUUGAGGGCCCAACUGCGGCAGGGUUAUUUACUCUUGAUUUAGUGGUAUAUGAUUUGCUGAAGCUUGAGAACCAAAUUCCUUUCUUCAUCAUUCGUUUCCUGUUCGAUCAGCUCAAACCAUGUGGGGAUGAAGAGAUUGAUCUUGUCAAACUUGCCCUCCAACUCUUUGAAGGCAUACGUCCUGAGGAAUCUAAAACAUCCAAGAAAAAGAAGAAAAAGUUGCCCAGCAAAUAUCAUCACCUGCUCCAUUUAUUUUAUUCAUCUCGGAUCCCUUCAGGAGAGAUAGCAGGGUCUACAUCUAAACUAGGAUGUAUUCCAAGUGCAAUUGAAUGCAUAAAGUCCAAAUGGAAGAAGGUGGAAGCUGAUCCUUCGCAAGGGUCAACACAAGGGCCACAUCCUAGCCAAAUUAAAUAUGGGAUGUCCAUGUCGAUGAUGAAGGCUCCUGCUCCUUUCCAGGGAUCGGCACAAGGGUCACAUCCUCAUCUACAUAGCGUUGGGAUGUCCAUGUCGGCGAUGGGGGUAGAUGCUAGUUUACCAGGAUUGACGCAAGGGUCGCCUCCGAUGUCCAUGAAGAUGAUGGCAGCAGCUGCUCCUUUACAGAGAUUGACACAAGGGACUUCGAUGUCUCCCGUCAAGUGGAUUCCCAGUGCGAUAGAGCUCGACAGGGCCGGGGUGAAGUUCAAGAGGAAGGAACAGGCAGACAAUUUUUUGAAUAUAACAUUUGAGCAGAGGAAGAUGAAGAACACACCACUGCUAUGUCUCUUGAAGUUGUGUUUAAUGUUUAGAAGUGGGCAGAUGGAGAUACCACCAUUGCAAAUCUAUGACUAUACCGGUCCUCUCUUCAAAAACCUCAUAGCCUUCGAACAGUGCUAUGUUGACACUAAGAUGUACAUUACGAUAUACGCACUCUUUAUGGACUGCAUCAUCGACCAAGCUAAGGAUGUGCGGUUGCUCCUCUUAAAAGACAUACUAGAACACAGAUUGGGCAAUGAUCAAGAAGUGGCAGGACUCUUCAAUCAGUUGGGGAAUCAGAUACACUUUGAUAUGAAGAAGAACUACCUUGCAAAUCAGAUUGAAGAAGUAAAAAGUUUUUAUGACUCCAAAUGGCACCAAUGCAUUGCUACAUUGUGGCGAGACUAUUUUGGCAACCCAUGGGCUACAAUUUCAGUGUUGGCAGCGAUCGUUCUUCUCUUGCUAACAGUCGGGCAGGCCAUAUUUUCUGCUUUGUCCUAUUUUCACCCUUCAUAGGUGUUAUUAACUUGCUCUCCUAUGCAAGCAAGGAUCAGGAGAUAGAUACAAUGGAAGGGUGAGUGGACAAGAAAGGAUUCCCUCCAAACAUGGAUAUUGAAGAAUCUUUUGUUUAUCUCGGGAGAAAAGAAACUAGAUGGUUUAGUGUGGUUGCUAGCCGUAUAGAUAAAUGCGGUUGGACCUUAUAGAAAAAUAAUUUGCUGUAAUAUAUCAUGGUU